ACACUCAAUCAUUUGUCUUCUGAUUUACGUAGUUGAUUAGAACCGGUUUUGGUCUUCACCCAUUUGCAAAUGCACUUGCACUCCCGCUGCCCUGCUCAGUCUCAGUUAUGAUCUUCUACGCAUCAUGACUGCACCGAAAGUUAGUAAAAGUUCCACCAACUACCAGCCGUAUGAAUUCUCGCUCUCCGAGCAAUAUCGUGAAAUCGCCAAGCAAGAACUCCACGAAACCGAUGAACUACGAUCGCAAGCCCUGCUCCAAAUGCGUGAUUGGAUCGCGAAGAACCCCACGAUUAGGCGGUGCCGAACGGAUGGACCAUUUUUGUUGCGAUUUUUACGCGUGAGAAAGUUCAACCACGUGGCAGCAUGCGAAAACUUGGUACGAUAUCUAGCGUUGCGACAAAAGUUUGCUGAUUGGUUCCAGAAGCUGGAUGUGGGUGAUGCAUGGGUGACUGAGAUGACUGAGGAUUGGCCAAUUCUACCGCUGGGAUACGAUGAUCGAGGGCGAUUUGUGGUUAUGAUCAAAAUGGCGAACUUCAACGUCGAGCGGUUCACAAACGUGGAGCAAAUUCGGUUGAUGAUGAUGAUCCUGGAAAGUUACUACGAGGAGGAGAAGAUGCAGGUGGCCGGAUGUGUAUUUGUGUUCGAAGAUACCGGGUUGACAAUGAGUCACGUAGCCCAAUGGCCGUUAACAGACAUGAAGAAAUUCAUUGACGCUGUAAACCAUAUAAUUCCGUUAAGGAUAAAAGAAGUGCACGCGGUUAAUUUGCCUCGUUAUGCGGUGACUGUAGCAGAGAUAUGUUUGAGUUUUACAAGCGAAAAAUUGAAAGCUCGAGUACACUGUCAUCGCUCCGUGGACUCACUGACAAAGAUGGUGUCUCAAUCAUUGCUACCUAAAGAGUACGGUGGCGUAGUUCCAAUCGACGAGUUCAAAAAGUCACUUCAAAAAACGUUGGUAAAAAACCGAAAACUUAUCCUAGAGUUGGAUCAAAUGGAUGUCGAUCUGGCUAAACUAACAUCAUCAUGGAAUGAUUUCAGCGACAGUGCAGCAGAGGAAACAUUCGGAGUUGCGGGAAGUUUUCGUAAAUUGAAUGUGGAUUGAAUUGUUGCUCUAUACAUACCUGCAUAUAGCUUUACUUGUAGUUUUAGUACGAAUUAAAAUGAAAAUUUGAACAUUCACGACAUCAUGUCGGCGCAUCUGGA